GUAUAAACCAACUUGACCGCAUGGGGUAUUACAGCGUCGAGGAACUUCUAGCCGAAGAAGAGCGCGUCCAGUGCGUGUUCCAGACUGAGGCAGCGGGAUGCGGGUACAUGGACCCUUCCAUUGAAGGGGAUGACAUCAAGCCGAACACAAAACUCGAGCUGCCUGUGUGGCUGGCGACGGCAUUGGCAAAGCAUGGCACGGUCGAUGUGCUCGUCCCAACGUGCCUUAGUGCACGAUAUCGCAAUGUGAUCAAGGCAGGUCCAUCUGCAGCCAACUUGCGCGAUAUGAACCCGUACUUCUUUGAAUUGGGAAAAGUCUUGCUGCCACUCUUGACAAACGAGUCGGAUUCACAAGACAUUGAAGACAUCUUGCGCAUCGCGUUUGGUAGCGAGCGGUACAAGCAGAUUCUGGACCAGUCCAUGAACUCUUUCGACGAAGACACGACCGAGUUCACUCGAAAACUCACAGAGUUCGAAAAGGAUUUGUACGCCGCUGGGGUAAACGAUGCACAGGACUUCCUUCGGUGGCGCGAACGAAAGAACGACAUCAUUGAAAGCGCCAAGGUCACUCAGAUCAAGAAACGCAAGCGAACCCACGCUUAACUCAGCACGAACUACAUUGAAGACUGAACCCAUGCAGUUGGCAACGUGAAAUAGUAUUAUCUUCCCCAAUUGCUAAGUCGCCGUCCAGCAUACCAGAUACAUGAAAUAGAGAAGUGAAAGGAUUCAAA